AUGCUUGGAAUCGUGUAUGGACUACAGAAAUUCAAUGAGUAUGUGUAUGGUAAAACAGUGUUAGUGGAAACAGACCACAAACCACUAGAGAGCCUGUUUAAAAAAUCAUUGUCGAGUGCACCUCCACGACUUCAACGCAUGAUGUUGAAAGUUCAGCAACAUGACUUAGUGGUGAAAUACAAAGCUGGCAAGGAACUCUACAUUGCGGACACAUUGUCGAGAUCGACAGGAUCAGAUCCAGCUGAGGAGCAGGAGGAAACAAGUGAAACCAAAAAAGACCCUGUUCUCAUGAAACUGAAGGACACAGUUCUACAGGGAUGGCCAACAAACCGGAAGGAUUUAGACAGCGAACUUAGUCCAUACUGGAACUUUAGAGAUGAGAUAAGCAUUGUUGAUAGCUUAUUGUUAAAAGGAGAUCGUAUCAUUACACCAGAGCAACUUAGACCCCAGAUGUUGAAAAUCCUGCACAGCAGUCACCUGGGACAAGAAAAAUGUAUACAGCGAGCUAAAUCAACAUUGUUUUGGCCAGGAAUAAUCAUGCAGUUGAAGAACAUGACAGAACAGUGCAACAUUUGCAACCGCUACAGAAAUGCGCAGCAAAAGGAGCCAAUGAUACCACACGAGAUCCCAAAUCGUCCUUGGCAGAAAGUUGCAGCAAACAUUAUGUUUUUUGGGAAUACAAGAUACUUGAUAACUGUUGACUACUUCUCAAAGUUAUUAGAAGUCAACCGCUUACAAGAUGGGAAAGCCGCCACCGUUAUCAACAUUCUGAAGCAACUUUUUGCUCGACUAGGAAUCCCUGAAGAGUUCAUUAGUGACAAUGGACCGGAAUUCGCAAACCAUGAAUUCAAAAACUUUUCGAAGGAAUAUGACUUCCGUCAUAUUACAUCUUCGCCGAGAUAUCCACAGAGCAACGGUAUGGCUAAAGAGCUGUACAGAUCAUCAAAAACCUGUUUAGGAAAGCACAGAAUGACCACAAGGAUCCACAACGGAGAUGUAGUACGUGUUAGGAAUACAGGACAGUCUAUCAAAACACUAGGAAGAAUCGUUAGACCUGCAGAAACACCGAGAUCGUAUUUCGUACAACAAGGGAAUACCACCGUGAGGAGGAACCGCCGAGACCUUAUCAAAACGAAAGAACUGAACACAGAACAACCAGUAGAUACCGAAGAGUCUGUUAACGGUCACUGUGAUUCGUUUUGUGAUAACUCUAACCGUGUCAAUGGUCCGUCUAUCAAUUCUGGAGACGAAAAAACUAGUGUUACCACAUCGAGUGGUCGGGUCAUCAAAGCACCUCGCAGGCUGGUGACGGAGUCUUAA